CACUAGAAUCAUCGGAUUAUAUCAACUUCUAAAGUUCUUUAGUAUUAUUGUUCUGGGUAUUGUUUAAAAAAAAAAGAAAGCAAUCUUCGAAGUCGAAUUCCAUGAGCCAAGAACACGAACCUCAUUCGGCUUCUCAGCCAGAACCUCCGCCGCCACCGUUUGAUCCUAGUCGAAUGAUCGGCAUCAUCAAGAGGAAGGCCUUAAUUAAAGAGUUAGCCGCUGUAUACCACGCCAAGUGCCUUGCAAAAUGUCAAGAACUUAUGGAGCUUCAGAAAAAGUGGGACGAGCCAUACAUCGAUGUCAAAACUCUCAAUGAUUCGAGGAAAGAGAAAAGGAGGCCUCCAAAACGGCUAAAGAAGUCUCGCUAAGCAUAUGGUAAGAUUCGAGCCUAAAUCUGUUAAACAUUGUCACUGUUUUUCAGGUCAGCUGAAUUUGAUGAA